AUGUAAUAAUAAUAAAAGAAACAAAGUUGGAUUCAAUAAUUAUUCUGUGGAUGUGUUCGAGAAGAACCUCUUCAUUAAGAUUAGAAAAUACAACGUUUGUCAAGUAAAAUGGAAAUUUAGAAACAGAAGCCUGUUAAUCUAAUAUCCAUGUAACAAUAGUCUGAAGGAUGGUUAAAUAAGACUACAUCUUAAGAAGUUGAUUACUCAGCAGAUAUAGAAAAAGAUGUAGAUUCAGAUGAGGAUCACUAAAAAGUAUAUAAUAGAUAACUUUCUUAUUUGGAGUAAAAUUCUUAGCUUCAAAAGACAAGUUUUUCUGAUGUAAAUAUUAUGGAAUAAAAUAGGAAUUCAAUUCAAAUAACAUUGAAAUGAAGUUAUUGCAUAGAAUAGGUGGUUUAUUAUCAAGAUAAAGUAAUAUAUAGAUAGAGAUGUAGUCACAUCUAUGGAUUAUGAAAAUAUUCAAAGAUGUUCAAUUAAUUGUAUAAGAUAAGGAAUUUGAAUAAAAAUUUAAAUCUUAAUUGAUUAAUCCUGCUAUUGUUGAUAUAAUGAACUAAAGAAUUAAAUCAAAUACAAUUUUAUUGGCUCAUGAUCCAACAGGAUCUAUCUUACUUAAAUUAGCAAGUCCUAGUAGAAAGAUCUAAUACUUAUAAUAAGAUAAGACAUUCUAAAAUAUAAUCGAUAGAGGAAUUUGUAAAUCAAAAGUGAAAGUAGAUAAAGUUUUGAAAAUGGAUUUAGAUUAGAAAAUAGAUAUUGUAAUAGUGAAUCUAUAUUAUAUUGACUGUAAAGAUAAUCUAAAGAACAUUAUGUAUGAAUAUUUGCAAUAUGCUCAUGACAUUAUUGUUCUAUUAUAACCAAACAUAGAAAAUUCUAUAAUAUAUGAUUCUGCUGAGUAAGCUAUCUCAUUAUCUGAACAAGCUAAUUAAAGUUGCAGUGUUGAACUUUAAUGUUUAACUGAUAAUAAUAAUAAUAUUAUAGCUAAAUUACUUUAUUAUGGAGAUAUCACUGAAGUAAUAAUAUUAAUGAUUAAUUUAUAGAUUACAUUAAAUGAUGAAUUAAACUUUGUUUAUUCUUGUAUUGAUUCUUCAAUCAAGAAAUAAUAUAAUUAUAAACUUAUGUUUAGAGAUUUAAGAAAUUAAAUGGGUAUGAGCAAACUCAUUAGAAUGUUAAGUCAAUUUCAAAUUAUUUCAGGAAUUGGAUCAUUUGCUGAAUUUGCUACUAAUAUUAAUGGAAGCAAAGAUAAAUAUUAAUUAUUGAAUAUACAAACUAAAGAUUUUGAAAAUGAAAAUCAAGAUGAAAAACAUAAAUUAAGUGAAUUAUAGUCUUCCUCUUCAUCAACCGAAUCAGAGCCAGAAGAUAAUUAAGAUAGAUUUGGGUCAAGGAGUGAAUCAUUUAAUUAAUCUUAAAUGUUUGAACCUCUUUAACUCAAACAAGCCUAUUCAUAACCCUUUAAAAAUUGA